AUGUCCUCCGAAAUAAUAUCCCAAGCCCGAGCCCUCCUCGAAACAUCCCAACCCGACCAAGCCCUCUCCCUCCUCCAUCCUCAUCUCAAUUCCAAUCUCGAUUCAAUCCCAUUCUUGACCAUAUUCGGAGAAACCCUAUUAGAAAACAAUCAACUCGAACAAGCCUACCAAGUCCUAUACAAAGCCUGUGAAUUAGACCCACAAGCAGAAUCUGGAGCCGAAAAGUUUUUGUAUCUUGGUCAGAUUAUUGGAGGUAUGGAUGGGGUGGAAUCUAUAGAUAUUGGAUUGAAGAAGUUGAUGUCACAAUUGGAAAAAACUAACAACGGAGACGGGGUUGAUGAUGAGAUUUUGAAAUUGUAUGAUGGGGAUGUAGACAAGUUGAGACAUUGGAUAGUGGGAAAACUCAAUCUGGGAAUUUUUGCUCAGAUUGAAAUCUGGAUGACUGAUUUAUGUAUGUCCCCUGAAGCAGAACAGAAAUGUAAUGAAUUGAUUGAAUAUUCAUUAUCCCUCGACCCGGGGAAUGCCGAGGCAUAUUCAUUACUUUCAUCCAUCCGUAUCUCACAACAACGUCCAGCGGAAGCUAUUGAUGCCUUGACUAAAUCUUGGGAAUUAUUCCUGAGGAAGAAAAUGGAAUUAGAAAAUUCUGCCAACAAAUUGAUUGAGAAUAAGGAGGAUGCAUUUGAUGUUGGGAUGGAAUAUGUGGAAUUAAUCCAACCAUUGUUGACCUUAUCGAGGUUUGCGGUUGAAUUGGAGAUGUAUGAUGUUGCGAUGGUUAUUGCUAGUAGUGUUCAGGAUAUUAAUGAAUCGGUAUUGGAUAGUUAUUAUAUUGAAGCAUUGGCGAAUUUAUUUAAAGCAAAACAAUUAUUAUCAAACCAUCACAGUUCUGGUGGUGAAAUUAAGGAAGAUUAUCGAGAUAUUGAUGUUGGAGUGUUGAAGAAAUCUGAUAAUCCCGAUAUUCAAACUAUUUUGAAAGAAGCUAGAUCGUCUUUAACUUCAGGAUAUAAGAUAAUUAAUAGUGAUGCCGUAGAAGAUUGUGAUCCUGGAUUGGUUGAUCAAGUGAAUGAAUUAUUACAAGCAUUAGGUGGACCAAUCAUGAGUGAAUUGUUACCAAAGAGAACCGCUGAUGAAGAAGAAGAAGGUUGGGAAGACGAAAUCCAAUCCGAGGACGAAGACGAACAAUAA